AUGACCCAGAAGUUGCCCGCGCCAGCCGUGAAAUGUGAGGGGAGGGAGGGGAGCGGCGGGGGGGACGGGGGAAGCGGCGGGGGAUGCGCAGAGGAUGUCGCGGUCGUCUUUAUCACAGCAGCUGAAAAUGCGGCUGCCAGGAUUGACGACGCUGACGUGGCAAGUGAGGCGAUUCGGGAGCCUCCUACUGCCGGAUCGGCUUCGCCUCCCACGUCCAUGUCCAUCCGCGCCGUCAGCCGACGCGGCUCGCAGAGUAGUCCUCAGAACGUGACACGUGGCGGUCAAAGCGGUCAAUCGGAGCAGCAGAGGAGAAAAAAGAGCAGUCGAACAGAAAAGUCCAAAAAAGUAGUUCCCAAGGUGCAGUUGGCGAGCCAAUCAGAGCGAAGAGGGCUCAUGACAGGGACACUAUCGACGGGGAAGCGUCCAGUGCUGCCACGUGGCGCAAUGCAGUUGGUUGUGGAUCCGUACAACCUGUGGGGCAGCCGAGUAGAUGCGCGGAAGGUUCCUCUGAAGCCGUUUGUGGUGCGGUAUGGCGACACGCUGGCCGCCCUCGCCGUGCAAGUGGGUGCAAUGGGGUGCAAUGGGAUGCAAGUGGUGUUGGACGGAUGGAGGCGUUUUUUGUUUGCUGGUGCUGCGUUUACCGGGGACGCAUGCCGCCAAUCACAGUAA